GCGCGGGGCGGGCCCGGGGCGGGAUGGCGGCGGGCGGCGGGGCCGGACCGGCGCGGCGCGGGCGGGCGGCGGGGGCUUAGCGAGUGCCCGGCGGGCGCCGCUCGCCGCGGGGCAUGGCCCGCGCCCUGCUGUUGCUGCUGGCCUGCGCCUGGCUGGGCCCGCGGCCGCCGGCGGCGCGGGGCCAGGAGCCGCCGCAGACCCCCGACUGGCGGAUGACCCUGAAGACCAUCCGCAACGGCGUGCACAAGAUCGACGUGUACCUCAAUGCGGCUCUCGACCUCUUGGGCGGCGAGGACGGCCUCUGCCAGUACAAGUGCGGCGAUGGAUCAAAGCCCUUUCCCCGCUACGGAUAUAAACCCUCACCACCAAAUGGUUGUGGAUCGCCUCUGUUUGGAGUUCAAUUUGACAUUGGUAUCCCUUCAAUGACAAAGUGCUGCAAUCAACACGACAGAUGCUACGAUACUUGCGGCAAUAAAAAAAAUGAUUGUGAUGAGCAGUUUCAGUCGUGCCUCUCCAAAAUCUGCAGAGAUGUGCAAAAAACACUUGGAAUAUCAGAAAGUGUACAAGCUUGUGAAUCAACAGUUCAGCUGUUGUUUGAUGCUGUUAUACACUUAGGAUGUAAACCCUACCUGGACAGCCAGAGAGCUGCAUGUAUGUGUCAGUAUGAGGAUAAAACAGAUCUCUAAAAGAAGAUCUGAUUGCUCAUGGUGUGGAAUAAAGUAAAAGACUCAACUGGAACGUGGCCAGCGUUCGGUUACAAAGCUUUAGACUUUUCAGAAGGUAAUAUAUUAAACACUGACAUGAAUAUACUGGUUUGAAAGCCACUACGAUGUUCUUCCUAAAGUUUAAAACAAAAAAAUACAUCUAUCAAGCCCUCUUUCUCCCCCCCCGCCCCAUACCUCAUGAGCUUGGAAACUGAAAUUAGUUUCCUUUGGCAUAUGUCUGUAUGCUCAGGGUGUGCUGCUGUAAAACACUAGUGUCUUUUUUUUACUUUAAAAAAAUCGUAAAGAACUGCAUAAUAGGGAAAUCAGAGGUGCAGAAGAGCUAUAUUGAAUUCUCAGAUUUUUUUUAAUGUAGGUCAAAUUUUAAGUUUACUAGCAGUUGAUGCAUCUGAUGGCUCCAACAGGAAAGACUAUUUUGUGUGAGUUUAAUAUGGCAUCUUAAAUAUCCUGUACUUUCGUGCUUUUGGUGGAAUCUCACUGACAUAAACUGACUUCAUUUCUCUCUGAUGUAUGCUCUCCUGUGUGGAAAAAAGACCAGAAGAAGCCCUUAACAAGAGCAUACACCUGCACUACAUAUUUUUACCUGAUUAUACAUCAAACUCAAUUCUGCAGCACUUUUCAGAUGAAACAUGUUGAUCCUUCUAAGGCUUGACCACUAAAAUGAACAGUUUGCAACCUAAGGAUAUACUUUUGAUUUGACAAAAUGCUGAAAUGUAGUUAUGUUAUUUUAAAAAUGAAUCUUAAGUGUUUAUUUUUCAAAUAAAACAUUUUGGUGCUCUGUGCAUUAUAUGCAUGGAAAUUAUAUAUUCAUUUGUUCAAAGAGGUCGAUUUAUAUUUGUCUAGUGGUACAACUUGGUUAUUUUAUUAUCUUUGCUUUCAUUCUGUUGAAAACUAGAAGAAAGUUCCACGGCUGUAGUCAGUGUGCCUAACAAACCUUGUUAUUUAAAAUGCCCUCUGUGAGGCUGACAAACAUUUGACUGUGUAUUUCUGUCAUCUCUCCUCUCUGUGACUUCUCUAACUGAAAUCAUCUGAUGUCUGAAUUAUUUGGGGUUUGUUCUCUGUACUGAUUUUCCAUUGCUUAUCUCUAGUUGUCAGACCUCAGUUAACUUUUUGUAUUAGAUACUCUGUCAUAAAAACUUCAAUUUCUUCUCUUGCUGCCCUGAUUCUGCCUUAGAAGUCCAAAGAGGAGAGAACUGAAAAUUAAAAUAUUACAUCUGUGAACAGGGAGUGGAAACUAUACAAAAAGCCUAAAAUUUACUUGACUCAUGGACUGUAAUGUGAUUUCUUAUCUGGAAAUACUUUUGUAUGACCGGUUGUUUGUGGGGGUUUGUUUUGUUUGUUUCCACUAGAGCCUACUUUACAUGACACUGAAUGUAAGUGUGCCUCCUCUUCGUAGAAUAAAGUUCCUGAUAAAGUU